AUGUCUUCCGUGGAUCGGUUCCUUGCUUCCUCCCAACCUGUCCUACAAGAAGAAGAUAUCGACCGGAUCUUCGAAGAGCAGGAAGCCGAGGACCACAACAGCAGCGACUCGCUGUCCUCCGCAGAGACUGCCAUCACCAUAAAGACUCGGAACCACAGGGAUGGCAAGGCAAAGGUCGUGACAGUCACCCGAGAACUUCUGGAACAGCACUUCCACCAAACGAUAGAGGAGGCUGCGGCCAAGAUCGGGCUGGGGAAGUCGACUCUGAAGAUGGUGUGCCGCAAGCUCGGGGUUGAGAAGUGGCCGUACACGAACAAGGGCGUUCCUCGCUCCGCAUGCAAGUCAGCGGGAGGAGGGAAAGGGGAGAAGACGGAGGGUGCGAAGAGUGAGAAAGACUGA